AUGUCGACGAUUAACGAUCCGAUAGAGGAAAAGCAGCCAGACUCGAAACCGCCGGAGCGGGAGCGGGAACGGAAUCCCGCAUUCUCAGACUACCUCCGCGUUUUCGCUUACGCCACAAGAUGGGAUUUCAUCGUCUACUUCAUCGCCUCGGUAGCAUCCAUCGGCGCGGGCGUCACUCUUCCCCUGAUGAACGUGAUAUUUGGCCAGCUGGUUGGCCAAUUCACGGAUUACUUCCGCACCGACUCAGACAUGACGCGGUCCGACUUUGAUCGCCUCCUCAACCGGCAAGCGGCGCUCAUCAUGGCCCUCUUCCUCGGCCGCUGGGCCCUCAACGCCGUCAACAAGUUCUGCUUCCGCAUGAUCGGGAUCCGGCUCUCCUCGGCGGUGAGGCUGCACUACCUGCAGGCCCUCUUCGCGCAGUCGAUCCACGUGAUAGACUCGAUGCCGCCGGGGGCGCCCGCGACCGCCAUCACCACGACCUCGAACACGCUGCAGCUCGGCAUCUCCGAGAGGCUGGGCACGUUCCUGCAGUUCAACGGGACCAUCUGGGCGGCCAUGGUCAUCUCCUUCGUCUGGAGCUGGGACCUGACGCUGGUCACGUCGUCGCUGCUCCUGUACAUCGUGGUCGUGCUGGCGGUGAUGCUCCCGAGGAUCGUGACGGGGCAGACGGAGACCCUCGAGGCCGACGCGCAGGGGACGGCUGUUGCGAGCGAGGCUCUAGGUGGGAUCAAGCUGGUCAUGGCGUGUGGUGCGCAGGAGCGCGUGGUUGAGAGGUACGAGGGAUGGGUGUGGAAGGCGAUGCAGAGAGCCCAGAAGACAGCGCCCGUUGUUGGGCUUCAGUUUGGUUUAAUUUUCUUUGGCAUGUUUGGUGCGUUCGGUCUGGCGUUCUGGUACGGCACGCAGCGCUUCAUCGCCGGCGCACUCAACAAUGCAGGGGUUAUCAUCGUUGUGCUAAUGUCGGUGAUGAUGAUCCUUACGUCGAUGGAGCGGAUCUCGACUCCUCUCAUGGCCGUGAGCAAGGCCAUGGUCGCUGCUUGCGAGCUGUUCACCGUCAUCGACGCACCUAUUACGAAUCCAGGUUUUCUCAAGCCCGAUAUCGAAUCAAGGGACAUCGUCUUCGAAGACGUCGUCUUUGAGUACCCUAGCCGACCCGGUGUCACGGUGUUGAACAAGCUUAGCUUCCGCAUCAGACCCGGCCAGAACAUAGCGCUUGUCGGUCCUUCUGGGUCGGGUAAGAGCACGAUCGUCGGGUUACUGGAGCGAUGGUACUCGCUUAGGGAGCAAUUUUCUUUGCCAAAGGUUGUUGAAGCGAAGCCGUCGACCAAGCAAUCGGAGAAGUCUGCUGAUGAGAAGACCGAGACAUUUGAGGAGGACAUGAAAUCGCCCGAGAAGCCUCAGCUUUCUGGCUUCAUUUCCGUCGGCGGAGUCGACCUGGAGGAUCUUGAUCUCAGGUGGUGGAGAUCGCAGGUUGGUUUGGUACAGCAGGAACCCUUCCUCUUCAACGAUACCAUCUUCGGCAACGUUGCGAACGGUCUGAUUGGAACGCAAUGGGAACACGAGUCCGAGGAUUGCAAACGCGCGAUGGUCGAGGAGGCGUGUCAGGAGGCGUACGCUCAUGAGUUCAUCAGCCGUUUGCCCGACAAAUACGACACAAAAGUCGGUGACGGCGGUGCAAAGCUGUCAGGCGGCCAGAAACAGCGCCUAGCCAUAGCCAGGAGCAUCAUCAAGAAGCCUCGCAUCAUCAUCCUCGACGAAGCAACCAGCGCAAUCGACGCCAAGAGCGAAAAGGUGGUUCAAGCCGCCCUCGACAGAGUCACCAAGAACCGCACAACCAUCACCAUCGCCCACCGCCUAUCGACCAUCAAGAAGGCAGACCACAUCGUCGUGCUGCAGCGCGGCCAGACGGUCGAGCAGGGCACGCACCAGAGCCUCAUGGCCAAUCCCUCCGGCGUCUACAGCGGCUUGGUCCGGGCUCAGUCGCUGCACUUGUCGACGUCCGACGACGGCAAUGCUGACUACUUGUCGUUCUCCUUUGAUACGGAAUUAGAAAAGGAGGACGAUGAUGAUGAUCUGAUCGGCAGCCCCGCGAGCAUUCACUCCGUUCAUGAGAUUGCGCCUCGAAAGCCCCGUGGUCUUAUCCGCAGCUUCGGCAAGCUCAUCUGGGAUCAACGCGCGAGGUGGCCAUCUUAUCUCGGCAUCGUCAUCGCGGCCAUGGCUGUUGCGGCCGGUAUCCCGAUCCAGGCCUGGCUCGUCGCGAAAGUCAUCGGGGUGUUUCUCCUCACAGGAGAUGAGCUUGAGAAGGAAGCCAGUUUCUGGGGUCUCAUGUGGUUCGCGCUCGCCGCCGGGAUCGGCAUUUCCUGGGCUGCCGAGGGUUGGAUCGGUCUGCAUACCCAGUACUUCAUCAGCGCCGUCUACAAAAGGCAGUACUUGAGAGACAUGCUGCACCAGAAACUCAGUUUCUUCGACGAGGACGAAAAUUCCCACGGGGCGUUGAGCUCCCGCGUCGGGGGCGAUGCGAAGCAGCUCGAGGAAUUGCUUGGCCUCAAUCUCGCGAUGUUGCUAUCCGGCAUCUUCACCGUCAUCGGUUGCGUGAUUAUAUCGCUUUAUUUCGGAUGGAAACUUGGUCUCGUCGCCAUGUUCAUUACCAUGCCAAUCAUGCUCGCCACUGGUCUCUGGAAGUACAGGCACGAAGUACAGUUUGACCAGAUGAAUUCGACCGUAUUCAUGGAGAGCUCGCAGUUCGCCACCGAGGCAAUCGGGGCAAUCCGAACCGUCUCCGCCCUGACGAUGGAAACUUCUAUCAACGAGCGCUAUCAGAAGCUCUUGAGUGGGCAUAUCCUAGCCGCGCGCCGUAAGGCUCAGUGGACCGCCGUCCUGUAUGGCUUCGCAGACAGUGCUGGUCUCGGUUGCCAAGCCCUGGUCUUCUGGUACGGCGGCAGGCUCCUGGCGCGCGGAGAGUUCAGCAUGGAGGCCUUCUUCGUGUGUCUGAUGGCCAUCAUCCAAGGCUCCGAGUCGGCCGCCCAGGCCCUGGCCGUGGCUCCCAGUGCUGCGCAGGCCGCCGCCGCCGCGGAUCGCAUCCUCGACGUCCGCGAGUCUGCGGACUUCGGAGACUCCGUGACCAGAAACGACGGGAACAUAUCCAGAGCAGACGGCGGCGUGCGCAUCGAGCUGCGCGACGUCCACUUCAAGUACCCCACGCGCGACGUCGUCGUCUUCAACGGCCUGAACUUGGUCAUCGAGAAGGGCCAGUAUGCCGCGUUCGUCGGUCCGAGCGGGUGCGGCAAGACUUCCAUCAUCUCCCUCUUAGAGCGCUUCUACGACGUGGAACCCAAUCGCGGCGCGGUCCUGUGCAACGGUCUUAACAUCAAAGGCCUCAACGUGUACGACUACCGUCGCAGCCUCUCCCUCGUGGCGCAGGAGCCGACCAUGUUCAGGGGCACAAUCCGCGAUAAUAUUCUCUUCGGCAUCCCUGAGCCCUCUUCCGUCCCCGAGGAGAGAAUCCAUCAAGUCUGUCGCGAUGCCUUCAUCCACGACUUCAUCGUCUCCUUGCCCGAGGGCUACGACACGGAUAUGGGCCAGAAGGGCGUCUCCAUGUCCGGAGGGCAGAAGCAGCGUAUCGCCAUCGCCCGCGCCCUUAUCCGUGACCCCAAGGUCCUCCUCCUGGACGAGGCGACGUCUGCGCUGGACUCAGAGUCGGAGAAGAUCGUCCAGGCGGCGUUUGAGCGGGCGCGACACGGGAGGACGAUGAUUGCCGUGGCUCACCGGCUCUCGACUAUCCAGAACGCCGACGUGAUCUUCGUUUUUAGUGAAGGUCGUGUGGUAGAAAAGGGGUCGCACGCUGAGCUCAUUAGAAGGCGUGGUGUUUAUUGGGAAAUGUGCCAGAGUCAGGCCUUGGAUCAAUAG